CUUGUCUCGUUCUCUUCCCUCGUCUUUCGUCUUUGUUUCUCGUUAGCAAGCUGCUGACGGGAUUGCCUACCCUCUUUGCUUUGUUCGUCUUAUCGCCCUGCCUUAUCUAGCGUUCCUUCCUACCGCUACAGAGACACGUCCUAUACUUCCAACACCAAAGAUACUUCUACAGUCUGUCUAGGUCACACACAGAUAUAGACUCCUGGCACAAGAAAUAGCCAUGCCUCCUCCUCUCUUACAACAGAUUCAUGCAGUGCUCCCGCAACACUGUGAACCGACAACCCCAUUCCUCGCGGCCGUGUCCUCCUACCUCCACAUCUGCCUCCCCACACCGUUAGCCUUCGUCUCCUCCGUUCUCGGAACCCUCAGCAUCGUGUCAUGGCUCUUCGCUCAGCUCCCACAAAUAUACAAGAAUUAUCAAAUCCAGUCGACGGCUGGCUUGUCACUGUUUUUCCUCGUGGAGUGGUGUCUGGGUGAUACUAGUAACCUCCUGGGUGCUCUGCUCACCCGGCAGGCAGGCUGGCAGGUUAUCGUGGCUGCUUACUAUGUCUGCGUUGACGUGACUCUGGUCUUCCAAUACUUUUGGUACACACACUAUAGGGGACAGUAUGAUGGCUACGGUGCCCUUGCUCAUUCGGAAUAUGAUCGGCCUCCGGGUAGUGUCUUGGAAGGCGUCUCGUUCUCCGACAACAGCUCUUCCGAUCACGCCCCUCGCUCUACAGAGUCCCCCUUGCCGUCAAAUCCCAAAGACAUGAAAGAUAUCAAGGAACCUGCGGUGCCGAGUUCCAACGGGCAAUCUCCUUCUUACUCCAAUGAGAAAUUGAGCUCCUCUAAGCGCUCAAUCACCCGAUCCAGCAGUGGCCCCAGCCUCCCAAUUGGGUCCCCACGCACUCUGCUGCUUGCAUCAAUGCUGUGCGCCGUCGUGGCUAAUGCUGCUCCGACAGAGCAGCAAACAACAUCCGAAUCCUCACAGAAGACUCUCGAGAUCCUCGGCCGGAUCAUCUCCUGGAUGUCAACAUUCCUCUACCUCGGCUCGCGGCCACCCCAACUAUACAAGAACUACUGCCGGAAGAGCACAUCAGGCCUCUCCCCAUUACUAUUCAUGGCUGCCUUUUGCGGGAACCUCUUUUACUCCGCCUCCCUUCUUACCAAUCCUAACGCCUGGUAUGACUUCCCAGCCUAUGGGGGUGGUGGCUGGGCCGAUGCAGACGGCAACGACCGCCUUGAAUGGGUUACCCGAGCUACUCCCUUCUUCCUUGGCGCCUUUGGUGUGCUAGCCUUUGACGGACUCAUGGGCGUGCAGUUCCUCAUGUAUGGAACCCGGGAUGACGAGUCUAUCAUGCAAGUUGAAGACCCCAAAGACGGACGUAGUCGUUGGACCCGCGUUCGGGGCUGGAUGAGGGGCUGGAUCCCUUCAGUGUCCCCUGCGCGACGACUUCGCUCUGGCGCCACAGUCUCUUCAGGGGAGAACCAAUCUCUCCUGCAGAACGAGCGGGAGAGAUACGGUACAGUUUGAUUAUGAUCUCAUUCUGUAUUACUAUACCCUACUUGUCGCUUUUUUUUGGUUUCUGCAUACCGGUACCCGACAAUACCCAGGUCAGGCACCUGCAUCCAACAGGCGAACAUGAUUUAUUUUUACGACGUUAUGGCUUCCUAUCCCCAUAUAUCGGGAAUAGACGUUGCUUUCCUGCUUUCUUCCAUUUCGCUUUAUUGGUUGCUUGUUUGGCGUUAGCGAUCGCCUGCGGCGAUUGCACUGGAGUUUUUUUUAUUUCAGAGAGUCUUCACCAAGACGAAGACUCGAUUUUCAGCCAAGCAUGCAUAGCAUUUGCUUACAGGAUGGUCUCUUUGGGCGGCGCUUUUGGUUAUUCUUAUUUCGGGGACGGGUUUUGGAUCGGCUUGGACCUUACAUGGCAUUCUCUUUUGUCCACCAAUACAUACUAGAUGCAUACAUACAGCAACGGCAUAUACGGACUUUGCUUUGCUUUAUUUUGCUCUGGGAUGAAGAUGUAGUAGAGCAUGCUUGGCAUAUACAUACUGCUACUGUCAUUAGAUUCCAGCACCGAUAGAUAGACCAAUUGUCUUUGUUCACUGGCAGCAUAGACCAUAUUCGAGCAGUUAAUAACAAGUACACUCGC